AGAGGAUUACAUAUCCGGUCUGACCUACGUGGUAUAUCUUGAGCAAUUUGAGGUUCAAUUGCUUGAUCUCUUUGCUUAGGUUCCAACACUAUUGGGACUUCUUCUUGUGAUUCUCGAUUUUCUUCAAGAACAACUGGAGCAUUUGGGUGGAGGGUACCAUGCAGUUUAGACUUCGCAAAAAAUUGAAGAUGCUAAAACAACCUCUAAAGUAGCUCAACAAGCAGGAAUUUGGUCACAUAUCACUGAGGGCAAAAGAGGCCAGGAAGGAAUACAUUGCUGUCAUGAAGGACUUGUUACUUCAACCUCAUAAUCAAAACCUUUUAAAACAGAGGGACAUGCUAAGGAAAAAAGCAAGUUUUUAUUUCGAGGUUGAGAGAGCCUUCUUCCAGCAGAAGGUUAAAACUGAUUUGAUUGUUGAGGGGGAUAAAUGCACCAAGUACUUCCAUGCUUUGAUGAGGAAGCAGAAUGCCACCAAAUCCAUUCCUUUCAUUUCUACUGAACAUGGAGGGAUCACCACAUCCUUGGAGGAGAUUGCUGGCCUUUUUACUAAUUACUACAAGGAGCUUUAUGGGAGUAACCCAGGGGUUGCCCCACUCAACAGGGAGGUGUUUUGGGAAGGAUUGCUUAUCUCCCCUGAGCAAGCACUUAACCUGGUCAAGGAUGUGCAUAUUGCUGAGGUUAAGGAAGCACUCUUCAGCAUUAGGAAUGAUAAGGCACCUGGACCUGAUGGGUUUACAUCUGCUUUUUUUCAAAACUAAAUGGAAUGUUGUGGGGCAAAACCUGUUUCAGGCUGUCUCUGAAUUUUUCAAGAGUGGGAAAUUAUUAAAGCAAAUUAACCAUG